AUGAAAAUUAAGGAGAAGGGGGAGGGAUAUUUUCAGCUUCUAACAAAAUUUUAUCCACUUCAAUUUCAGCUCCACUAUGUUAAGAUUGGAAGUUGGUUUGCAAUUGUCCCAAUGGUGCUCAAUUUCAUUGGGAUUGGAGCUACAGUAGGUGUUAUCGUGACACUGGCCCUCUACUCCGAGACACCAAUCGUGCGUGCAGCAGGACGGGAGCUGACCUACCUCCUCCUUUCGGGCUGUCUACUCUGCUAUUUCUCCUCUUUGCUGUUAUUAGUUCCACCAAACCCAGCGGCCUGUGCCAUUCAACGGGUCGGUAUUGGUUUGGGCUUCGCUAUUAUGUACGCGUCUCUUUUGACUAAAACCAAUCGAUUGGCACGAAUCUUCGAUGCCGCCAAACGCACAACAAAGCGACCGGCCUUCAUCUCACCGCGAUCUCAACUCGCUAUUGCCGGGGGACUGAUAGGUCUUCAAUUUGCUCUUUCCGCAAUUUGGUUGGGAUUUGAUCCUCCCUCAACCCGUAUUGACCCCCUAGAAGCCAAUUAUCUUGUCCUUCGGUGUGCCAUCAAAGAUCAGAGUAUGGUCACAUCCCUAGCCUACAUCAUGUUGCUUAUCGUGGUGUGCACAAUCUAUGCCAUUAAGACGCGGUCGAUUCCGGAGAACUUCAAUGAAUCGAGGUUUAUUGGUUUCGCUAUGUACACCACUUGCAUUAUUUGGCUAGCGUUUGUACCCAUUUACUUUGCAACAAUGAAAAAUUUUGAAGUGAGUCGUCAACUCCUUGAUUUUGUGUAA